GGGCACUGAGAGAGAAGGAUGGUGAGAUGAAAGGAUAGUCGUUUGAUGUAUGAUGAACGGCGGAGAAAGCAAGUGUGCGAUUCAAUCUGUAAUGAGGGUAUAAAAUUCCGUUUCAUAGGGUGUGUUUUGUAUUUGUUGAAAGGGAGGGACGAAGAAGAAGAAGAACAAGAAACGAAGAAGAAGAAGAAGAGGAGGAAGAGGAAGAAGAAAGAAGAAAGCUCUCUCCAGUUCUUUUGGCGUUCUUUCAAAAUUUCUUCUGUUUUUUUUUCCUUUUUAUUUUUCUCUUAUCGGAACGAAGUUUAGUGUUCUCAAUUCUAGUCUGAAAUGCUGAGGAUCUCUCAUUUGUAAACAAGCUUGUGGGUCGAACAAUUUCGCUCCUUGCUUUCAAUUUUCCUCCGUCUUUUGGAAUUGAUCUGUUUAAAGACAUAAUUAAACGGGCGUGACUGUUUUUGCUUUUUUUUUCUUUUCACGAAUACAUUUGGGAAUUUCUAGUUGAAGAAAUUCGGAGUGGAUUUGAUUUACGAGCGAAUUUUGCUCUCUUAUUUAGCCAAUCGAUUCCUUUUCAUUUGAAAUCAUCUGAGGGAGGUCUUGAAGUUUACUGAGGCUUGCAAAUUUAUGCAUUUUUUUAAACGGAUUUUUUAGUUUGGUUGAAGAAAAUCCAAACUGUUGGGAAGAUUGGAGAUGAUGGAAACACGGUUGUUGUUCGAUAGUCGAAGAAGAGAACUCUGAGCGAUGGAACUCCGUCGUUGCAAUUUGGUUUCUGAUUCGCAUUUUCGUUUAGUCUGAAGAGUAAAAGAAGCGACCAUCGGGUUGGGAAUUUCUUUGAAUCACAGUUAUAUUUAAAAGCCUGAUGGAAGGGGAUACCAUAAGAACCAAUAAUAAUAAUAAUAUCAACGGCACCGCCAAUAACAAAGUGGACACAUCGGGGAGAAGCGGAGUCGACGUACUCAGAUCCAAUUCCGAUGCUACAAGACAAACAACCACCCCGUCAUCGGACUUUGUUUUGCAGUGGGGAAACCGGAAGCGCCUUAGAUGCAUGAAGGUCCAAGGCAGAGAUAAAACCGACCCCGCCACUCCGGCUCACCGUACCACCACCGCCCGAGUCGACCGCCGAGUCGUUAGAACCGAUAAAGACUCCCCGAACCGGACCCAUGCUCCAGCCAAUGGGUAUUUGAAUCUCCGCCAACGACCAUCUUCUCCUCAACUCCCCCCUCCUCACCACCGCAUUCUCAGGAACUCCGAGACGGCGGGGGCGAUGAGAGGGCACGGCAACGGUGGGGUUAGGGGAAUUGCGUCGCCGGACAGAGUGGCGCACGAUAGAAGAGGAGGAAGUAAUAACCACCAUCAUCAUUCCAACAACAAUAACAACAACCAUCAUCAUCAUCAUCACAAUGAGAAUAACAACAAAUCAGGGACUACAUCGGAGAGAGCGCACGAUAGUAAAAAAGGUGGGUCUUCCUCCGGUGGGAGUGGGGAAGCUGCUGUGCCUCAAGUAUGGCCGCCAAAAUUCGCUAUUGCUUUGACGAACAAAGAGAAAGAGGAGGAUUUCUUAGCCAUUAAAGGCUCUAAAUUGCCACAAAGACCCAAGAAACGUGCCAAGAUUAUCCAACGCACCGUCAACCUGGUGAGUCCGGGGGCAUGGCUAUCAGAUCUGACUCUCGAGCGGUAUGAAGUUCGGGAAAAGAAGAUUUCUAAGAAGAGACCGAGAGGAUUGAAGGCAAUGGGUAACAUGGAGUCAGAUUCGGAGUGAAAUGAGUCAGGAUUCACCAUAAAAUGUACAAACUCUAUGGAUUCCCUUUUUUAAAAAAUGGUUAGUAGAUUGAAGGGGCAGAGCAGAGAAAGUAGGCAAAUUUUUUUUUUUUGUUCCUUUCCUCUCUCGAUUUAUUUAUUCAUUCUAUUUCAUUCCUCCCUCUUGAAAA